AAUACAGAGUAACUAAAUUUUGAUUGGAAAUUACGCCACCAUUAUCAAGCCAUCCGAAUCUCACUCUUGUCUGCCUAUGAACCCAAAUUUCUAUUUAGUCUAAUCAAUUUUCAUGAAUCGAAUCAUUCCCAAAAACAAAAACAUAAACAAAAAUCAAAGGUUACUUUCUUUAAUACCUUCUUUCUUUCUUUCUGUAACAUAAACCUUUUUAUACGGGGUUCCUUAAUGGGAAACUGAAAACCUAGAUUUAUGGUUACUGAUCACAUGUUUGACUUUAACUUGUACGCUUCUCCUUCUUUACGAAAGCUGUCUUCUUCUUUCACAUGAAGAAUCUGUUCUGCCACUCUUUUUUAUGAUCAAAUACUCUUUCUAUUUCUCUCUAAAACCCCAUCAUGGCGGCUUAUUAUGGAAACUCAAGAUCUGUAAGAUUUGAAGAUGAUGACCCAAAUACAAAUGGAGAUGGUUUAGUUAAAGUUAUGUACAAGAUAAACGGAAUUCAAAUCUCAGACACCGCCAACACAAACACUAAAGCCAGGAGGAAAUCAUCAUCCUUAAAAUCCAAGGUACUGUCUCGAGUAUUCUCCGAGGAUUACGAUAGAGAGAAGAGGAAAAUACUCGAUCCCAGAGGCCCUGUUAUCAGAAAAUGGAACAAGAUUUUCUUGAUGGCUUGUUUGGUUUCCUUAUUCGUCGAUCCUCUCUUCUUUUACUUACCCCAAGUCCAACAACACUUCUGUAUAGACAUAAGGAUGAGGCUCGAAGCGAUCUUGACGGUUGUGAGGACGAUGGCGGACAUUUUCUAUGUUAUUCAGAUUUAUAUCCGUUUCCACACGGCUUAUGUGGCGCCCUCCUCUCGAGUAUUUGGAAGAGGAGAGCUCGUCAUUGAUACGAGAAAGAUAGCGUUAAGGUAUCUGAAAACGGGGUUUUUGGUGGAUCUAAUAGCUGCUCUGCCACUUCCUCAGAUUCUGAUUUGGGGGAUUAUACCUUAUUUAGGCGGUUCUACAAUGGCAAACACCAAAAACGUGCUUAGAUUUAUACUAAUAUGUCAGUACGUGCCUCGCCUUGUUUUAAUAUAUCCCUUGUCGUCGGAAAUCGUCAAGGCUACCGGGGUUGUGACUGAGACCGCCUGGGCUGGUGCUGCCUACAACUUGAUGCUCUACAUGUUGGCAAGUCAUGUUUUAGGAGCCUGUUGGUACCUUUUGUCUAUUGAGAGACAGGAAGGUUGUUGGAGAAGUGCAUGCGAUCUCGAGAAUCCUUUGUGCCAGUAUGGAUUCUUCGACUGCAGAAAAGUGAAUGAUCCGGUCAGGAGCAAUUGGUUCAAAUCCAGCAAUAUCACUAACUUUUGCGAUCCCCAAAAGGGUUCGUACCCUUUUGGAAUUUACGCUGAUUCUGUCAUAGAAAGCAUCACAUCAGUGUCAUUCUUUGAUAAGUAUUUCUAUUGUCUUUGGUGGGGCUUGAAGAACUUGAGUUCAUUGGGGCAGACACUUUCAACGAGCACUUAUGUUGGGGAAAUAAUGUUUGCCAUUGUUGUUGCCAUUAUGGGAUUGGUUCUGUUUGCUUUACUCAUAGGAAACAUGCAAAGAUAUUUGCAAUCAUCAACAGUUAGAUUAGAGGAAUGGAGAAUAAGAAGGACGGAUACAGAACAAUGGAUGCGUCAUAGACAAUUACCUCAAGAACUCAGGCUGUCGGUUAGGAAAUACGAGCAAUACAAAUGGGUAGCCACUCGUGGAGUUGAUGAAGAGAUGCUUCUGAAAGGACUUCCAAUGGAUCUUCGAAGGGAUAUCAAACGACAUAUUUGCCUUGACCUUGUUCGUCGAGUUCCAUUGUUCGGUCAAAUGGAUGAGCAAAUGCUUGAUGCAAUAUGCGAGAGGUUGAAGCCAGCUUUAUGCACAGAUGGAACUUCUCUCACUCGUGAAGGCGAUCCAGUUAAUGAGAUGCUAUUCAUAAUCCGAGGCCAUCUAGAUUCCUACACAACAAACGGCGGCCGAACUGGAUUCUUCAACACCUGCCGCAUCGGCCCAGGCGAUUUCUGCGGCGAAGAGCUUCUCACUUGGGCCCUAGAUCCACGUCCAGGUUUCAUCUUCCCUUCUUCAACUCGAACGGUUAGGGCUAUUUCUGAGGUUGAGGCUUUCGCUCUUCACGCGGAGGAUUUGAAAUUCGUCGCCUCACAGUUUCGAAGGUUGCACAGCAAACAGAUCAGGCAAAAAUUCCGAUUCUACUCGCACCAGUGGCGAACCUGGGCUGCUUGCUUCGUACAGGCGGCAUGGCGGCGCUAUAAGAGGAGGAAGAACGCGGCUGAGCUUACCGCCUUGGAGAGUGUUAAGUUGUUCGAGGCCAAUCGACCUAAUGGCUUGUCCGUUUCCGUUUACACGGCCAGGUUGGCGACGAGCACAAGGAGGGGCGGCGCCACCGUGCUCUCCAAGUCUAAUUCUGGCGUAGUUGGGGCGUCAUUGCAAAAGCCGUCGGAGCCUGAUUUCUUUGUGGACGAGGAUUGAGGACCGGUGGCGGUUAUGAUAAUUAGUGCUUUUUGUUAAUAAUCAAAAUUAAAUAGAAGUAACACAGAUCAUUUUAUAAAUCUAUUUUUUUAAAUAUGAUUAAGAGAAUAAAUUAUUAUUUUCAAGUGUGGGAAAUGAUAUUGUGUGAUAUUUAAUAUUUGGUGAUACUUUAAUAAUUAUCAUUGACUAUA